UAUAAAUUUCAAGACAUGAUAUAUAAACUUGAGGUUCGGCCUUACAUUGCAGAUUGUCGCUGUUCGGGAGGUGAAGAGGAAUCUAAGCGUAGAAUGGCUCUAAGUUGCGAGAGACCAUUCGUAUUCCUGCACGGUCACUGUAUCUUGGUGGAGUCACAGAAAACGGGCAACUGGAAUGAAAUGAAAACAUUCUGCAACCACAAAGGCACCGAGAUGGUAAAGGUGGACAGUGAGAACUUUAUGUAUUAUCUUGUCAAGUACCUCCACGGGAACGGCUUAGCUGUGGUGGAUUAUUGGGUCGGAGGAUCAGAUCAGGAUAACGAGGGAACGUUCUUCUGGCCCGAUGGUACCCGAGUCAAGAUGGGAACACCGUUUUGGGGUGACGGUCCUGACGACCAUAUCCAGGAACCUGAUGGAGGCGCCGGCCAGAACUGUAUUGGAAUGUGGAAAGACGAUCAUUAUUUUCUCUUCGAUUAUAACUGUAAUGACAGAAUUGGAGUUAUUUGUGAGAAAGUGUAACUUAAAUAACAGUCACAAUACCGUGACUGGAACAGUACACAAAUAACCCGCACAAAGAAGAGAGGAGCUUAUCACGACGGGUACUUCUUCCUUUAUUAUUUUCCCCCCUCUAGCUCCCUUGUGGGCCCCUAGUUCCUUUGUGGGCCCCUAGCUCCCUUGUGGGCCCCUAGCUCCCUUGUGGGCCCCUAGUUCCCUUGUGGGCCCCUAGCUCCCUUGCAGUGCUCCUCUUAAUAUCUGACUGACUCCACUACUUACUACUACUACUCCGUGAUAAAUGGUUUUGAAAACCGACAGCUUGAAGAACUGAGACACUUAAGCAACAUAUGGGAAUCUUUAUUGAAGAAAUGUUUCGUCACACAGUGGCUUCAUCAGUACAAUACAAAGCAGGAAGGUAUAAGGAGAGGAGGAGUUAAGGUAAUCAGUCCCUCAGCCUGGAAUCGAUAUGUUCUGUCCAUCACUCUUGUAGAAGUGUGGCUUAUAUACUGCAGUCAAGUGAGUGGAAGCAGCAGGAGGCGUGAUCAUAGUAGGACCAUCCACUAGUGUAAUAAUAAUAUUAAUAAUAAUAAUAAUCUUUAUUUACUACAAGUACAUGUACAUGGUAUACAGUCCUAGCUGACAACAAUGACAUACUACUACAUAGAAAGCCAUUUGUUAUGCUGAUCAUCUCGGGCAAAUUAGGUCAGUGUCCCAGGAUGCGACCCACACCAGUCGACUAACACCCAGGUACCCAUUUUACUGAUGGGGAACAUAGACAACAGGGAAUCGAACCCAGGCCCUCGCCGUGUGAAGCGAGAGCGUUAACCACAUCCAAAGAUUGGACAAGUGUUGAAGAAUUCCUUAUAUCAAGAUCCCAUGAUGUUGCAGUGUCUGACAUGUGAUAAAUGGUUUUGAAAACCGACAGCUUAAAGAAUUCACUGUUACUACUACCUCCACUACUACCUUUCUCGUCCCGUCCCUUUCUGCUGGUCUAUAUAAUCUCCAUCCUUCUCUCCUUUUCGUUAGUGUGACUUUGUAAAUGGUCGAAGUAGGACCGAAACGUCGUCGUAAGCUCCUCUCUCUUAUGUGCGGGUUGUUUGUGUAAAGUGUAACUUGUGUGAAAUAAUUCCUGCUUGUUGCCUCUCAAGCGAGGCUGUCGUGUUGUCUUUAGAAUAA